AUGAACCGGGCUUUUAGCAGGAAGAAAGAUAAAACAUGGAUGCAUACACCGGAAGCAUUAUCAAAACAUUACAUUCCCUAUAAUGCAAAGUUUCUUGGCAGUACAGAAGUGGAGCAGCCCAAAGGAACAGAAGUGGUGAGAGAUGCUGUGAGGAAGCUAAAGUUUGCCAGACAUAUAAAAAAAUCUGAAGGCCAGAAAAUUCCUAAAGUUGAGUUACAAAUAUCAAUUUAUGGAGUAAAAAUUCUAGAACCUAAAACAAAGGAAGUCCAGCACAAUUGCCAACUUCACAGAAUAUCAUUUUGUGCAGAUGAUAAAACUGACAAGAGGAUAUUCACUUUCAUAUGUAAAGAUUCUGAGUCAAAUAAACAUUUGUGCUAUGUAUUUGACAGCGAAAAGUGUGCUGAAGAAAUCACUUUAACAAUUGGUCAAGCAUUCGACCUGGCAUACAGGAAAUUUCUAGAAUCUGGAGGAAAAGAUGUUGAAACAAGAAAACAGAUUGCAGGGUUACAGAAAAGAAUCCAAGACUUAGAAACAGAAAAUACAGAACUCAAAAACAAAGUACAAGAUUUGGAAAACCAGUUAAGAGUCACUCAAGUUUCAACAACUCCAGCAGGCAGUGUGACACCUAAGUCACCCUCCACUGACAUCUUUGAUAUGAUUCCAUUUUCUCCAAUAUCACCACAGUCUUCGAUACCUGCUCGAAAUGGAACACAGCCACCUCCAGUACCUAGUAGAUCUACUGAGACCAAACGAGAUCUGUUUGGAGCAGAACCUUUUGACCCAUUCAGUUGUGGAGCAGGAGAUUUUCCUCCAGAUAUUCAAUCAAAAUUAGAUGAGAUGCAGGAGGGGUUCAAAAUGGGAUUGACACUUGAAGGCACAGUAUUUUGUCUUGACCCAUUAGACAGCAAGUGUUGA